UGCCCCGUUAACCGUGCAGCUGCAUCGGGUUCGAUUUUAUCUGACACGUCAAUUGCACCUCCUGUCAUUCUCGAUUAUCGGUUAGCGUUAACGGUGGUAGUCGAUCCACCCGCUCGUGCUCGGUCACUUCAGCCGCAAUGCCCCCCGCCGCACCCCAGCUCCCGACCCGAUUCCCCUGCUGGUGUCGGGCAGUAUAUUCAUGGGGAGGAGAGACGAAACGUGAUCUGGGUUUCGUGGAGGGGGACCUCAUCGAAUGCCUAAAUGCCGGAGAUGGCCAGUGGUGGAUGGGCCGAUUGCGGAGAGACAGGCGCAUGAUGGGGCUAUUUCCCUCCAACUUCGUCGAAGUGCUCAGCGAGGAUUUCGUGCCAGUCACUCGGUCCACGAGCCCGAUGCUCCCUCCCGCCUCAUCUCCGAUUACGAAUCCGACCUCCGCCCCAAAGAAACAGAAGACGGUCUUUCGAAAGCCAUUCCAGGCCCACAAAGAAGCUCUUGCACCCUCGGGGGAGCUGUCGCGGAGCUCAACUUCAUCAUCGCCAGUGAUCAGCGGGAUUCCCCAAACUCCACCCCGAGAUGGCAGUCUCCGAAAAGUGAAACCGUUGCGUACACCUACGACCGCGGUCAAGCACCAGAGCUCCUUGACAAGGCCGCCCUCGUCACGGUCGAGACCCUUAUCCCGUGCCAUUUCCCCGCGUCCUCCGCCGGAGUCGGAUAUUCCGUUAUCAUCUACACUUCCUGGGACAUACAUUUCCCACACCAGACCUCCAUCGCGUGGACCCCCGUCGCGGGCAGUGUCGCCCCAUCCUGGGCAGGAAGUGGAGCUCCAUCUACCCUCAAUCCCCCCCGUUCAAAGUGCACCAUUCCCUGGGCCUGCGGCCCGUGCAGCCUCACCGCGUCCUCCGGCGAAUCUCGAUUAUCAGCUCCCAUCACUACCUCCUAUGCAAAAUGCCGUGCACAGGCCCAUGUCUCGUGCGGCGUCCCCUCGCCCGCCGGACGACUUUGACUUCUUGCCUCCUCAAGUUCCGAAGCACAGUCACAGUAUGUCUUUGCCUCAACCUUCAUCGCGCGAGAUCUCUCCGCUCCAGCUCCAAGAGCGAGAGGAAUCACCGCCCCCGCCUCCGCCUCCGCAUCGAGUGGCGGUUCACCGUCAACCCUCCUUUGACACACAAGCCUCCCCGUCACAUGUCCCCACGCGCCUCGAUAUGAAUAACCGGUUUGUUACGAUCUCAAGAACACCAUCACCGGCCGCUCACUCUGAAGGACGUGGGCACACGCCUUCACCACUCAGGGAUGCAAUGGAGGACGUGAUGACUUCAUUGGAGGAUAUGGGGUUGCCUCGGGACGCGCAGUCGCCGUCUCCACAGCCGACGUUCAACAACCCGUGGUCGCCGGAUGCGUAUGAUAGCUUCCGUGAGAGCCGACCGCUGCAGACUUCCCGUCGACCCCUGACGUCCCUGGGGUUUGAUGGAGACAAGGACUACCAGUAUAAUGGCAGUCAAACCCACCGAAACAGCGUUUACGCACAUGAUCCCUAUGUGGAUGGACCCCCACAAUUGAACAACUACGUGCAGAGGAUGGAGAGUCGGCUGCGCCAAUUGCAGGAACAAAACCAAAGGGACUCCGAAGAUGCGCAUCCUUCCGAUGACGAGGAGCCCCCACCGCCACCCCCAAGGAAUGUGCCCUACCAUGGCCGACAUAACUCGAUCCCAGCCCAGUACCCAUUGGUAAGGGGGCGACGAUCUGGUCAAGACCUCCGCGGAGACAUACUCAACCGGACGUACACCAAUAAGUCCAGCACCACCAACUCUUCCAGCGGGGUGCAUAGUACGAGUACGACCCAGACUGGCAGUACCGAGAGGACCAGUCAAAGUAUAAUGAGUGGCCCGUCGGCCGGAGGAUUCAGCGCAACAAGUGCGGGAAGUUAUGCUCGAAGAGGAACCGCGCCAGCCGAGAGACCAAAUACGGCAGUUGACACUGUUCGCUCAAGAGGAUUUAGCGACGUCUCCCGGAUGGCAAGGCCUGAAACACCAUUGACCGGCAUAUCUUACCACUCCAGUCACAACACUUCUCGGCAAGGGGCGUCAUCUGCUAUACCCUGGUCCUCAGCACCAGGCGGUGGGGAGGAGCCUACCGGAGUGUUCGGCGGGCUGUCCACACCGAAAGCCAAGAAGCCAGGAUUCUUCAAGAAGAUCUUCGAGUCGGCGAAGACGGGUGCCGCCAAUGCGAGAAGCAGCAUUGCUGUUGGGCAGAACGGCGGGUCAUUGUCCCCCACCAAAAACAGAGGCAUCUCGCCAAUCCGUGCUCUGCAGUCCAGUCGGGACCCUCCUCGGGAACCUCCCGGCAACAGCGCCAUCGACUGGGUUCAGGUACGCCGUGACGUGAACCGCGCGAGCUCCCCCAGCCGGAACGAGAGGAUCGAGAGGGCUGAAAGAUGCCAAAUGAUGGACCACCCGGUUAUUUAUGCUGUGGAGGAACUCUACGAGACGGCGGAAGGGGAUGAGAGCAUUGAUGGUUUGCCUAUCAGUGAGCCGACUAACUUCGGGACGGUAAAUCUGAAUCUCGUGGAUAAAAGCGCCCGGUUUGUCAACAGUCUUCCCCCGAUGACGAAUCCGGCGAGCUUAGCGCACGGAUAUGUUUGUCGGCCGUAUAAGAGCGAUGUCCAGAGGCUGCGCGCCAUCUUUACCUGGGUCAGCGAGAAGAUCGCUUGGGAUGACCCGGUCGAUGAGAUUGGGAUUGACCUGAAGCGCGUGCUCCAGACGAAGCGAGGUAGCCCACAGGAAGUGGCCUACCUCGUUAAAGAAAUGUGUGCAGCGGUUGGUCUCCACGCCGAAGCAAUCAAUGGAUUUCUCAAGAGCCCUGGAGAAAUGUUUGACCUGGACGGUCUCUCGCAAGCCAACCAUUGGUGGAACUCGGUGCUCGUGGACGGCGAAUGGCGCAUCAUGGACUGUUCACUAGCCAGCCCUACCAACCCGCGACGGACCCAAUUCGUCACCAACAAUACAUCGGUCGCCGAAAGCUGGUAUUUCCUCGCACGGCCUUUGGAGAUCUGCUAUACGCAUGUUCCUCUUGCUCCGGAGGAGCAGCAUAUCUGCCCGCCCAUCUCCCCUGAUGUCCUUCUCGCGCUUCCGGCAGUGUGCCCGCCGUAUUUUAAACUCAACAUGCAGUUCCCUGAUUAUGACACGAGUAUUAUCCGGAUCGACGGCUUGGAAGUCAUGCACAUUCGGCUCCUGGUGCCCCCGGACGUGGAAUGCGCCGCUGAGGUGGAAGCCCCAGGGUUCGCUCGUGACGCAGACGGCGACUUCUUUGAGAGCGGCGAGAUCGUGCGCAAGCGCGCGCUGGUGCAGCCCGACUGGGUCAACGGGCAGAAACGGAUUACGGUGAAAGCCAUUCUGCCGGGCGACGAAGGACAGGGCACGGUCAAGGUGUACGCUGGUAAGCGGGGACUGAUGCAUUCCAGCCGCGACAUCCCCCAUCCGUUGGCUCUCUCCCUGCCCAUUCUCCACAGCAACGAUAACCCGCCGUAUGAUUUCGUGCUGCGCCAUCCAACACCCCACGCUCAGCGGCACGACCUCUACAUCAUGCAGCCGCAGUGCGCCAAGCUGGCUGUGAACAACACCUUCGUGUUUGCCGUCCGCCAGCAUCCGGCCUCGCUCGCCUUCUCGUCUGGCAGUAACGAAGCUGGCGUCAGCGGGCGCGUCUCCCCGUCUGUCUUCACCCGGCCGGCUAGUGCGCUGAGUAUGGUCUCCAGUUCCGCGGGCGGAUCCUCGGUGUCGGGCGUCUCGAAUGAGUUUUCGGCGUCGACCUCGGCCAUCUCGUCGGGCCGGUCGCUGUCCGGACGUGAAAAGCCGGCGAAACUAGCGAUCCAGUCUCCGUCGGGCAAGAUCCUGCGUCUGACGCGGAAGCCCGAGCACAUGCUCAGUCCCAACACGGGCAACCACGCAUUCAUCGAUGCGCCGGGAGAUGGCAGCGUGUGGGAGACGGUGAUCAAGAUCGGCGAGCGCGGCACAUGGCGCGGUCUGGUGCUGGCGGACCGGGUUGCGCGCUGGUGUGUGUUUUGCGAGUGGGAGUGCUACUAGCACCAUCGCAGGCCGCGCCUGUAAUCUUAAUCUUUCUUUUUCUUCCAGGCUUGCUCUGUUGGUUACUCCCAUUGUACACUGCUACUUCAUUAUCCAGCAGGAUGUGACCUGUUUUUCUUCUUCUACCAUUCAAACAUAUAUGGCGUUCCGGGGCAGACAGACCAUGAGAGGCGCCGGAGUUGUUCUUCUUUCUUCUCAUCAUUUUUCAACUUUUGUUCAUUAUGCAUCAUGUUUCUUCUGAGUUACGGGCAUCAUGUAGGUGAUGAUAUGUUGGUUCUUGGAUUCGAUACGCGAAUGGGUCUCCUAGAUGCAUACUAGACUCGGUUGGUGCGAUCGGUCGGUUUUCUUCUUCUCUGUUGGAGUGUGUGAUUCUUGUGCAUCGGGAUGAUGAUCACCAUCUUUCUACCUAGCAUUUAUACUAUUCUAUCUUAUCCAACCAAUUUAAUUACCGUUGGAUCUGUAUUCUAGCAAUGAAGCAAACCCGCAAGCAAGU